CACGUGACAGCCUUCCUUCCUGCUCUCCAACCCUCGCUAUAGCACUCAGAGCUGCCCUUGGUUGUGGAACCAGACGACUUGUGUUCCCGAACUGCUUAGUGAGCUGCGCUGGCCAACAUUUGGAAAUAUCAAGAAUUGAAAUACUUGUUUCCCUAUAUAAUGCAAUUUCCAACCAUGUAUAAAAGUUUGAGCAAAGUUGAUGUCAACUGCCUGUGGUGUACAUGUAAAUAAUCGGUGAAACAUGUCUCCUUCAGGGCAAAAGUUCCUUUGUGAUACUUGCAACUAUGCAGCUGCAAGUCGUCGUGUGUUGGCUCGUCAUGUAGCCAUUGCCCAUUCUGCUAAAGUUUUCAACUGUCCAUUGUGUCCUUUUGUGUCUCGCUACCAGGCAAACUUAUACAGACACAAGAGAGUUAUCCAUGGAAUACGUAGAACUUCCACGUGUGAGCUGUGUGGUUAUAUAGCACCAAAUGAAGCUUCCUUGUGCUAUCAUAAAGAAAGCUUUCAUCAACAUGUUUUAGAAAAACAGAAGAGGCGUUAUGAAAAUGAGAAGAAGAGACUUUUAGAAGAUGAUGAUCAGAUUAAUAAAAAUUUUUUGAUGAACUCAUUAUCAGCUAAUGAGAAAUCUCAGUCUGAUCAUCCAGUAAACUUUAGCAUUUUUGACUCCUCUCAUUCUGGCUGUGUGGUCAAUCCUUCAAAUAUGGCAGCAGGAAUAGAAAGGUUUGAUAGUUCUUUGGAACUUUUAGAAGAAGCUUCAUUUUUUGACACAGUGCCUGCAGCAUCAGCAGCAAGUAAUUCUGGAUCUUCAGAAUUAGGUCCAGUACGUAUUCGCCGAAAAUAUACAUGUGAGCUUUGUAAUCUAGUCACAAUUAACCCUAGAGAGUUCCUCUAUCAUAGACAGCAAGUUCAUAGAGAGAGAAUAGCAGUUUUUGAAUGUCCAUACUGUCUGUAUGCAUCAAAGCAUUUCCAGAAAUUACAGCGACAUUGUGGUAUGGUCCAUCAGAAAGUGUUAAAACCUGUAGGAGGAAGUAAGUUGAAAGAUUUAGAGAAGUCAGCCAUUCAACAAAAGAUCCAGAAGCAGCAAGCUGAAAGUUUACAUAAAGAAGAGAAAGCCUCAAACCAGCUGUCACUGCCAGUAGGAGGAAGCACACUGAAAAAUUUAGAAAAAUCAGUCAUUCAACAAAAGAUCCAGAAAGAGCAAUCUGAAAUUUUACAAACAGAAGAGGAAGCCUCAAACCAACUGGUAUGCUUGAAUCAGUCUCUAGUAGAAGGUGAAGAAAAUAAAGGAGUUUCUGAAGAUAGUAGAGCUCAAAUUGAAAACACUGCUUCAAAAGAUGUAAAGGGGGGCUAUCAAUGUUCUAAGUGUCAUUUUCAGGCAAAGAGUAAAAUUAUAUUAAUCCAGCAUGAAAAAAUAUCCCACUUAAAGAGAAAAUUCUUUCGUUGUUUACAGUGUGAUUAUGUCACUCAUGAGAAAGCUAGGUAUACUAAACAUUGUAAAUAUCAUUCCCUACCAAAAGUAAAGUGUGAUUUUUGUAAUUUUUCAACUGCAUAUAAAUGGAAUCUUGAUAGGCACGUGAGAAAUCAUCGACUUAGUGGGAUGUUUAAAUGUGGAAAGUGCAGUUAUACUUGUCACUCUGCACAUGCUUUGAAAACUCAUACAUUUCAACAUCAUGAUCCCACUUUGGAUGAACAAAAGGUGGAAAAUGAAAUUAGAAGCUUUAACACUGGUACAACAAAUGAAGAGGAGAAAAGCAAAUUAUCUGUAGAUGAACAGCCACCAGGUAACUUAGAAGAAGUAAAUAAUGCACAAGGUCUGGAACAAAAUAUUCAAACUAUUGUGACACAAAAUAAACAAUUUGACAGUUCAAACUCUAAUUUUGCUGUCAAGCAAGGGAAAGUUUACAAGAAAAAUUAUAAAUGUAGCUAUUGUACUUAUCGUGCAGCCUGGCCAUCAGAUCUCAAGAAACAUGAAAGCUCUCACUCCUCUAAGAAAUUGCAUUCUUGUCCUAUAUGUGGGAUGGGUUUUGCUUUGCUUCCUUUAUUGGCACGUCAUCUUCGACUCUUGCAUGAGGAUAGUGAACAAGCAAGAAAUAUUGCAUGUGUUAUAGAAAUGCUUUCAUCUGGAAAGAUAAAAAAGAGAAUGCCAAUUCUUAAAACUUUGUUGUCAGAAUGUCUAAGGGAGGGAUCACAGUCUGGUGGUAAAAUUCAGUCAGCUUCUGCUAGCUCUGCUCCUUCUUCGACACCCUCAUUUAAUAGUAUACAGGUACAAAUGCCCCAUAUGUCAGCAUCUUUGCAAAGUGUUAAAUCUGACAAACCACUUCCUGUGUGUGUUGUAUGUGGCUACAAAACACGAUGGAUCUCUGAAUUGGAAAAACACAUGAGAGUUCACUCAGGAGAAAAGCCCUUUAAGUGUACCCACUGCAAUUAUAAAUGUAAGUGGAGAGGAGAUUUAACAAGGCAUAUCCAGAAAUACCAUCCAGAAAAGCCCAUGACAUUAUUAGUCAGUAAGAAACCAGUUUUGAAGAUGAAAAUAAAAAAUCCAAAAAGCUCUCUCCCCAUCAUUUCAAGUUAUAUUACAAGUGAAAAUGUCACUCAUUCUGAAACAAUUAAAAAUAGUGACCAAAGUGAAACUUUAUUAUCCAUUGCAAAAGCUGUUUGUCACAGUCAAUCCAAAGACUUGAAAAAUUCACAAAUUGAGAUUUCUGAAAAUCAAGAAACACCAUUGGAUUUAAGUUUAAAUAAUAAAAAGUUUAAUUUAGAAAAUCAGGAAGAAAUUGGUCAAGAAAAAUCACAUAGCAAGGACAUGAAGAUGUCUUCAGAUACAGAAGUGGAUGUAGAAACAGCUGGAAACAAGAAAAAUGAAAAACAAAUGGAACAAGAAAACAUUUAUAAUUUUCCAAUGGUAGAAACUAAAAUUGUUAAAAAAUACCAGUGUGCAUACUGCCCAUUCAUAACUCAAACAGCUUCUCGCUUCCAUGUCCACAUUGUACAGCAUUUUAAUAGAAAACCAUUCAUGUGCUCAGCCUGCUGUUACAAAUCUAACUGGCAGUGGGAUAUUACAAAGCAUAUCAAAAUGAAAAUGGCAAGAGAUGUCAGUCAUCAAGGAGCAACCUGUUUGUUAACUGAUGAAACGGGCAGAAGGAAUUAUGACAAAUACAAAGACUUUCUGAUCGAUGUACCAGUAGAAAUUAAAAGCUCAAAAUACAAAGUUGCUGUGAAUCCUGGUAACACUGAGAGUUUGGAAACAAGUGACUUUUAUAAGAACAGUGAUCAAUGCUCUGCAGAGUUAAAAGGUGACAUGGUCAAUAUUGUUGUGACACCAGACAUUCCUUUCCCUGUUGAAGAUUCCAAUGAGGAAAGAGCACAGGUCGAAUCCUCAGUUGUUGAAAAUACAGUUCAAAAAGAAGCAAAGUUUUUCUACUGCAACCAUUGCAACUUUCAUCAUCUGGCAAAGAAAGUUGUUGUUAGUCAUAUGGCAGUUCAUGCUGGUCUAAAGCCAUUCCGUUGCAGAAUCUGUGGUUUGGUUUCAAAUUGGCGACAUGUGAUCCUAAGACACAUUAAGGGCAGGCACGGAGGACAUCUUGAUGACUUAGAGGAACGCAUCACUGUCUCUCAACAUGGCAGAAAACUUUAUCUUUCAGGUGUCCAUUCUGAAGAUAGAAAGUUCAGUUUCCCAAGAGAGUCAACAUCAACAUCAGAGUCACUAAGCUGUCAGUUAUGUCCAUAUACUUGUGUGAAAGACUCUCAUAUGAAACUCCAUAUGAAACAGCAUCAACCAAGAGAAGGAGCUGUUUUUAAAUGUUUGCAUUGCCCUUACUAUGUCAAGUUCAGGAAACCUCUUAGACGUCAUAUGAAGCUACAUGCACAGGCUCUUGAAAAUAAUCAGAAUCCUCUACCCAAUAAUAUUCUUGGAGAUGAUAACAUCCAAUUUACAUACCCUAAAAUUGAAGCAGAAGCAAACCAAGCUAUAGUGGAUGUAACCAAAGUUGGUUCAUCAAGGAAACCAGCAACUUAUGUAUACACUGGACUUGCAGCUACAUUCAAGAAGUAUUCCUGCGAUGGAUGUCCUUAUAAAACUGACAAUAGGUCUCAAUUCUUAUACCAUAAACAAUUUCAUCGCUCAAACAGUAUGGCUCCCUACAGGUGUACUGUCUGUUCAUAUUGGGCAACACGACAACAUCUUAUCAUACAACAUAUGAAAGUUCAUAAAGAGAGCAACAGCUCAGAAGCGCCUCAAGAAGAACUGCCUCAAAUGGACAGAACAGCACAAGUUACACAAUUAACUCUUGACAAGCCAGAAGGUGGUAAGUAUAAAUGUCGUUUUUGUCCCAUGAAAAAUAAACGUAGAGCUAAUGUGCUUAAUCAUGAAGCAAUGCAUGGAAAGGAUUCUUCUUCAAAAUUUGCCUGUCCACUAUGUAAUUAUCAUUGUAAUAACUUAGGAGUUCUUAGUGGGCACCUGAAGCUUCAUCAAGAAAGUGAAGUUGAUCAAUUCCUUACUUCAGCAUCAGAAGGGGUGCAAAAAUGGAACAGAGAAAAUAAGUCAUUAUUACAACAGUAUACAGCUACAGACUCCUCAUUAGCAAAUGAUUCAAACUUAAUUGGGGUUUCUUCUCCUAAAGAAUCUCUUCCUGUAGUGAGAAAGAAAGUCUUUAGCUAUUUCUGCACCAAAUGUCCAGCUGUAUUUAAAAGCACAGCAGACUUCACAAUACAUAAAGGUUUCCAUGGGUCAAACUAUCCUUUCUCAUGUCCACACUGUGAUUAUAGAGCAAAGCAUAAGCCUCAUCUUCACAAGCAUUUCUUUGUUCAUACUCCAGCCUAUGCAGCCAAACGGGAAGCAUCAUAUGGACCUCCAGUUGAAAAGUUCCGAGAAACUAAUCUGGCACAAGAACAGGAAUUGGUCUCAAGUACUAGUUUUAUUGAUGAGUCAUCAAAAGCAAACAAUGAGAAUACCUUGAAACAAAACCCAAAAUCUACUGCUCAGUGUCUGCAACUUGAAGAAAUAGAAACUAGAUAUUUUUGUGAAAAACAUGAUAUCCAGUAUCCUCAAAAGCUACAUGAGUGCUUACUGUGUCCUGCAGUUUUUUAUAAACAAUCAACUCUCCAGUUUCACUUACAGUUACACAAUGGAACUGGACAUUUUGCUUGUUCUUCUUGUACUUAUGCAGUUGAUAAUGCAGACAACCUGUCAACUCAUGUCAGACUUCAUUUUAAGGGUGAUGUUGUCUGUAAAGAAAAAGUGAGAAAUAAAACACAAACUGGUCACUCUUGUCCCAAAUGCCCUGCUGUCUUCACUAAAAUUGCACGGUAUGAACGUCACAUUAAUCUUCAUGGGCAAAGUAAUCGCUAUAAAUGUGAUAAAUGUGACUACUCUGUCAAAUUUGCAGCUAACCUACAAAAACAUAAGCCUGUGCAUGAAAGAGAUCAUACUCAGAUUUAUACUAAAAAUGUUACUUUUGACAUUCAGCCAAGUUCCUCAUUGUUUAACAGUGAAACUUCACCUAAAACAGAUUACACCAAAUCUCAUGUGAAUGAAACAGUUGAGGAAAAAGAAAAAAGGUUUUUCCACUGCGACCGUUGCCCUUAUGUUAAUCAACGAAAAGAUGCUGUACAGAGUCAUCAAAAACGCCAUGGUGCCACAGGAGGCAUUAGCUGCCCUUAUUGUGACUACACCACAAUGCAGCCAUCUUGUUUGCGGGAUCACAUCAGAUGUCAUCUUCAACCCCUAGCAUUCCUAAAGGCACAGAGUUUUCUGAAAGUUGAUAGUAUGGAAAUCUGGCACACUGAAAAUGAGACCAAAGAUUUGAUUUUCAGAGAUAGAGGACAGUCUUUCGUGGAUCGUUUCUCAUCUCCUUUUGAAGAACAUUUACUUGAAAAUUUUCCAGAUAGCACUAUUGUUGAAGCAGUAAAUAGCAACUUGUGUUUAAAUGAAUCUGAAAAACUAAAUAUUGAACUAGAUAAAGUAGAUGGGAAAGUUGGAAGUAAUGGACCUUCUGUUGUAGAAAAUGAAACAGUAGAGUCAGUAAUAAAGGUGAAUUUACCAAGAGAAAAUGAUGAUAGCAAUAACUCUGUCAUAACAGUCCAUGUGGCUAAUGAAAUAGAAAAUAAUGUUGUUGAAGAAGUUCUCAGUCAACAUAAAACACUUGAAGUGGUAUUAACAGAUGUCCUAGAAAAUGUAUCAGAAAAUCAACCAGAACAAAAAAGAAAAGACUUUUUAAAAGAAGUUAAUGAUAAAGACAGCAAAUAUGAUAAACAACAUACUACCAUGGACUUGGGAUUAGAAGAAACACAUAAGCAUUGUGAAUCAGAAUAUAAAGAUGGUAAUAAAAAAGAACACGGUGUGAACUUAGGACCAGAAAAGAUAUGUAAUCAACCACAUGUAGAACAUACAAAACAUAUUAAACAAGAACACACUGUGGACAUACAACUCGUAAAGACACCAAAGCAACAUGAAUCAGAAUUUACAAAAAAUUAUAAACAAGAAACGUUUCUAAGAUCAGAAGAAACAAAUAAUCAACCUAAAUCAAAUCAUACAGAGAAUGAUAGACAAGAAAACAACAUUGAUCUACAAGUAGGAGAAGCAGAAAAUAAAACUGGAUCAGAUUUUACAGACAAUUACAAACAAGAACACGAUAUGAACCUACAAACAGGAAAAACAGCUAAGGAACCUGAAUUGGAUCAUGUAAUGAACAGAAAACAAGAGCAUAACAUGAACCUAAAAAUGGGAGAAAUAUGCAAGGAAUCUGAAUCAGAUUACGCUGAACAUACCAAACAAGAACACGAUAUGAACCUACAGUCAAUAGAAACAGAACAACUGGGAAAACAUUAUGCAAAAAAUGAUAAACAAAAACAUGAUAUGGGUAUGAACUCAGAAGAUGCAGAGAAGAUAUGUAAAUUUACGUUUACUGAUAAUUGUAAAGAAGAGUUCAAUACAAAGUUAGGGCUGGAAGAGACAAUGCAUCAACCAGAAUCAAAAAUUAAAGAUAAUGUUUUGCAUAUAGUGUGUCCAGAAACUGAAAAACUUUCAGAAACACUGCUGAAUAUCUCAGAGUUGUCCUAUAAUGUAAACUCAGAAUUGCCAUCAACAAGCUUUCAAACUGAAAUGUCAGAAGACGCAUUGGAACCUCAGAAGUGUGGAAAAUAUUUUUAUAAUGAUAUUGUUUCAAAACAAAAUAAUCUUGAAUAUAAUGAUGAAGACUCACUUGAUGGGUUGAUCCUUACAAUUGAAGAAGAUAUAAAAGUAAUCAAAUAUAAAGAGUUUAACAAACAAAAAGUUAAAACUCUUGAUUUCAAUCAUACUGAUGGGGAAUUCAGUAAUGGCCAUUCCAAUGUAAAAACUCUUAAAGCAAAUUUUCUGGAACCUCUAGAACAGUCUGCUUGGAAUAUGGAAAAUGUAGAUGAAAUAAAAGCCAGAAACCAAUCCUUGUCAGAAAGUAGUUUAACAAUAGAAGAAAAUGAUGUAAUUGUUAACAAUAUUGUUGGAAAUAUAAUAGAUGAAGUUGUAGGAAAUAGUUGUGAAAUGACUGAAGUAGUCACCUUGGAAUCAGCACGGGAAGAUUUAGAAGACAUUGAAAUGGAAACCAUGGAUCCAGUAACAGCAGUAAUCCCUUCUAGUCUUGAUGUUACCUCUGAAUUUCUAGAACUAGAAUCCUGUAUAAUACACCCAAAUGCAGCUAAUAUAACAACUUCAAUAGUAAAGUGUUUGGAACAUUCAGGUUCAUCUUUGACAUCAACUUUGGACACUGGUGACACUUGUAAAGAAAAGAACAACAUUCCAUCUAUUGAUAACCCAUUUAGUAUUAACAAUCGAAAUACUGAAAUAUCAUCAUAAGAACACGAUACAGGAACCAGUAGUCUCAUUAACAGUUAUUUAAAAACAUCAGUUAAAUGAUACUAAUGAUGUUCAUAGCUAUGGUUUUGUGAAUAUGGAAAUUAGUGUAUCCAUCUGUUUAUCACUUUGUAAGUGCUAUACACCAAAUACAGAACUAACUAACAAUUGCUUUUCAAAUACUAGUAAAAAAACAAACAACAUAGAAUAAAGUGCAUGUACAAGUGCCUAAAAAUGUCUUGGAAACUAGAAUAGGUUAAAUUCUAUAUUUCUAAGAGUUAGAGGAGAGUUAUCAUAAGUUUUCCAGCAGAGGAUAAGUUAACUAAACCAGAUCUGAAACCAUGUAACUGAUGAUGCUAAAUAUGCUCACUUAUAUUUCUGAAAUCAAAUUAAAAGUAUAUUAAUUUACCUAUGUUUACAUAUUGGGGAUUUAAUAUAUGUAAAAGUUAUGAAAUAUAUGAAAACAAAGUGCAUUAAUAGAUAUUUGAUAAAGCCCUAAAAAAUUAUGCCAUUAUUUAUAAAAUGUUAAAAAUGUGCAUUUCCAAAUCCUACAAUACUGCAUACAAGUUUGAAGUAUUUAGUGGAUUAGGUGGAAUUUAUUUUAUUCGCCAGUAUUAGAUCUGCUUAAUAUUGAUAGCUUGUCCUUUAAUUUUGUAGAAUAUAUACAUAUGGAUGACAAAAAUCCUAAAAUAUGUAUAUUAAGAUUUUGGUUAGAUGUUUAGUUAAGCUUACAAAAAAAAAAAAAAAUUGUUAGUAACUUAUACAAGAAAGCAUUUUCAUAGAAAAUAAAACACUAAAAAGCAAUUAUUAUUAGUUUACUAUGUAAAAAGUGACUAACAACAUUGUAAAGUUGUAAUAUUAAUUUUCCUGCAAACAGUGCCUGUAAUUGCUAUUAUUAUUUUGUAUUUUUAAGUGAAUAUUAAUCAGCCUUUUAAAAGAUCUUGUAAAAUAGUUGUUCUUAAAACUUUUUAUAGUCAACUUGGUAAAAAGAUAAGUAUAAAUGUAAAUAUCAGCUCUUUGAUGAUAAAAAAGCCCAGUUAUAGUGUUAUUUUCUUAUAGCAGCCCCACAUUUGAAGAGAUUUUGAGAGUUGAUGUAAAACUUUGUUUCAUAAGUUCUUUCAUUCAAGUGAGAUGAUGUAUAUUACUUUUGUUGAAAAUAUAUAAUGCAUAUAUAUAUUUUAAGUAUGGAUAUUAUGUGUAAUUUUUUAUUGUGUGCUGAACUUAGCUGUUUUAAGAAUGUUUCCACUUUACUUUUGUUGGUGUGUUAAGCCAUGUUAAAAGCUACUACAUAUUGUUUCCUUCUACAAUAAAUAUUUGUAGAGUUGGAGUAUUUAUAUCCAGUUGGUGGAUCCCAGUUUGCAAGUGUUUGAAUGGAUACUUCACAGUUGUAUACCGGUAUUAUAAUUUACCUAAACAGUUUGAAAAUAAAAUAUUAUAGAGUAAUUAAUAUUGUA